UGCAGACAAACCCUAUUGCAUCAGCGUGCCGAAGGCAUUUGUAGCCAGCAUGCCGGCUUUCGUUUUGAUUAACAACAAAUAUCACGGAGUGGAUUUCUCUCGUGAGCUCGAUACGGACCGUGCAUACAUUAAAUGCAUACUGUUCGAUUUGCAAGCGAUAUGGUACGAGCGUCUGCCACUGCUGUCCCUAAUAGGUCGUGAGAAUGAACGCAAUCCUAUUGUCAGCUACAACGAGGCGCUCAUCAACAAUACCUUGCUCUCGAUUGAGGCAGUUGCAUAUACUAUUGAAGAGACCGAAACGAGAAAGUUGACAGUGAAAUAUUACGUGUCCGCAACACCGAUUACGUUCGUGUUUCAGCUGACGGUUGGUACGGCCGAUCAGCUCUCCCUUCACAUGAUUGUUCCCCUUUGGCGCACUGUAUUGCUGCUCGAUGGCCAGAAGCGUAACCUGAAGGCGAUCAUCGAGAAAAAAGAUGCUGAGCUGGAGCAGUACCGGCUAGAGGGUGCCGUGCUGAAGCGAACCACCAUGCAGACUAGUAAAUUUAACGGAGAGGAAUUCGAAAGAUAUUACAUGGACCAGGAUGAGCGAACAAUUACACGUGAAGAUAGAACGAUCCUCCAACUGCUGGCAAGAUUGACUCAUCGGCAUCACCUAAAACAAGCGGUGCACUUUGUCGAUCGAAUCACUGUCGCAGCCAGCGUUGUUCAAUCGCCAGAUGGCCAGUCCUCCAGCGGGUCGACGGGCGGCACACCAAAUAAACGGAAAAAGAGGAAACGACGAGUUAUCCCAGGGAUUUAUCCGAUCAGUAAGUUUCCGGAGUUGGCAGAUCAACAAUGAAAUAACCACAAGCAGCUCGCCGCGCUCUGAAAACGCUCCAAUGGGACUCGGCAUCUCUCGGCCUAAAAGGGAAUUGACUUGAAACGGACCUAACUGGAAUUAAACCAUGCAAUUAUCAACUAUGGCAUGGUUUACAUUGAAUUAGCAAUUUUAAUAGAAAAAAAUUGUUUAUUCUACUUUCCAAUAAGUGCAAGAAACCAAUUCAUACUGGAUCGCCCAAGAAAAGAUUUUUUCCUUUCAUAAAAUAGUAAGUUUCUUAAAAAAAUGUUAUUUUUUCAAUUUUGGAAGCAUCAAAUUAUGUUGAUUUAGGUCUUGGCUAACUUGUUAACAAUGUACAGAUUAACUUUUCGAAAUUUGAAAAGGAUCUAUUCAGUAUAAAGUUACUAUAAGCACCGCAUCUAAAAUAUUACUUUUGAAAAUCUUGGUUGAUUUUGUUUCGAUUUGUAUAAAAAGUUGACUGUUCACCAUUCGGAAUAUUAAAAAUAGUAUCCUAAAAAUAGAUUAAAUACUUAUGACCUCCCUAAGCGACUGCAAAGAACUAUACAAUAUGCCUUUGCCUUGACCAUGUUUGGACGCGAGGAAAUUUUCGGAAAAGCUAUCUUUUUUAGAAAUAGUUCGUUCUAAACCGGAAAAUCAUUAAUUAUAAGCAGACGACUUAUUCAAAAGAUGGAGUACUUCAAAAGAAUGUACUGUCGUGUUUCGGUUGGGCUAUUUAUGGGAUAGGCGUACUAAAUUCUAUUUUAAUGCCAUCCCGAAUGCGAUCGCGCCAUUGAGAAUAUCAGUAUUUAACCCUAAAAUUUGUAGCGUGGAACAGUACCAGGUGGUAAUACUAAAGGUAAUUUUAUGAUUUAGUUUUAUUAGGUCGAUGCAAAGGACAGAAAUAAAGACAAUAAUGAGCAA